AUGGGGAUGCGGUGGCUUUGGCUCCUCACUCUCACGGGGCUCUUUGGCCCUUCGGCCCCACAAGUGACCGCCAGGAUCGAGGCCCACCCGCCGGCGCCCACCACGCAACACCAGCUCCUGUUGUCCUGCGAGGUCUCCGGCGCCCCCAGUCCUCAGCAGUUCCUGUGGGAGAAGGAAGGAAGCCCGGAGCCCCUGCAGAAAGGCCCGGACAACAUCCUCCUCAUCCGCUCCUUCAACGAGACCCACUGCGGCACCUACUUCUGCACAGCCACCACGUCCCAGGGCUCUGUGGUGGCCACCUACAACCUGCAGAUAAAUGACCUCUUCACACACGUGUUGGUGUUUCCUCAAAAGACCAAUGACUCGUACGUGCUGGUUAAGGCAACGCCGGAGCAACCGCUGCAGAACUUCUCCGUGUGCCUGAGGUCCUACACGGACCUCACCUGGCCCUACAGCCUCUUCUCCUACGCCACCAAGGCCCAGGACAGUGACAUCGCCCUCAUCAAACGUAGGCCUGGGGAGUACCAGGUGUACGUAGGGGGCAAGUCUGUGUCCUUCCCUGUCCCCGAGGAGACUCCAAUGGAAAGCCAGCACGUCUGUGCCACCUGGGAAUCCAGCACGGGCAUUGUGGGCUUUUGGGUGAACGGGAAGGCCCGGCCGCGCAAGGGAACGCAGAAGGGCUACACCGUGAGCAACGAGGCGGUGAUCGUGCUGGGGCAGAAGCAGGACUCCCGCACGGGCAGCUUUGACGCCAGCCAGUCCUUCACAGGGGAGAUGGGCGAUGUCUACAUGUGGGACUCGGGGCUCUCCAGCAGGGAUGUGACAGCGGCCAUGUACAACUCGCCCCUCAAAACCCCCAUCUUCGGCUGGAGAAACUUCCCCUACGAGACUGCGGGAGAGGUGUAUCUGAAGCCCUGA